GGUUGACUGGACUGGCCGUGCCCACGAUGCCCUGAAUGCUGAGCGCAGCGGAAGCAGAGGAGAGUGUACCCCACUAGCUCCUCCUCCCUCCCCCAUCCCUUUAGUUUGGGUUUGUUUCUAUUUAUUUUGUGGCUGGGUUUGGGCAUGGCCUUGGCUGCGGCGAUGUGGCUCCUUUGGCUCAAGCACCACUUGUCCAUCCACAUUUGGACCUUGCUGCUCUUGGGGAGCACCUGGCUACCGCUGGCGGAAGGCAGCCCCAAAUCUCCCUUUAGGACUUUCCCGGUUACAGACUGGAGCUUGACACACUUGGUGGUCCAUAACAAGACCGGGGAGGUCUACGUGGGGGCUGUCAAUCGGAUCUACAAGCUCUCCAAUAACCUCACGCUGCUGCGGACCCACGUGACGGGGCCCGUGGAGGACAAUGAGAAGUGUUACCCCCCACCCAGUGUCCAGUCCUGCCCACACGGGCUGGUCACCACCAACAACGUGAACAAGCUGCUGCUGGUGGACUACUCGGGGAACCGGCUGAUUGCCUGCGGCAGUGCCUCCCAGGGGAUUUGCCAGUUCCUGCGGCUGGACGACCUCUUCAAGUUGGGUGAGCCCCACCACCGCAAGGAGCACUACCUCUCCAGCGUCAACGAGUCGGGCACCAUGUCUGGUGUCAUCAUCGAGGUGCUGAACGGGCAGAACAAGCUCUUCAUUGGGACGCCCAUCGAUGGGAAGUCUGAGUACUUCCCCACCCUGUCCAGCCGCAAGCUGAUGGCCAACGAGGAGAACGCCGAGAUGUUUGGCUUUGUCUACCAGGAUGAGUUUGUCUCCUCGCAGCUCAAAAUCCCCUCGGAUACCCUCUCCAAGUUCCCCACCUUUGACAUCUACUACAUCUACAGCUUCAGCAGCGAGCAGUUUGUUUACUACCUGACCCUGCAGCUGGACACCCAGCUGACCUCUCCUGACUCCACUGGGGAGCAGUUUUUCACCUCCAAGAUUGUCCGCCUCUGUGUGGAUGACCCCAAGUUCUACUCCUAUGUGGAAUUCCCCAUUGGCUGCGUGCAGGACGGCAUCGAGUACCGCCUGAUCCAGGACGCCUACCUGACCAAGCCUGGCAAGGCUUUGGCCAAGUACCUGGGCAUCUCAGAGCAGGAGGAUAUCCUCUUCACCAUCUUCUCCCAGGGCCAGAAAAACAGGGUUAAGCCUCCCAAGGAGUCUGUGCUCUGCCUCUUCACGUUGAAGAAGAUCAAGGAUAAGAUCAAGGAGCGUAUCCAGUCAUGCUACAGAGGAGAAGGGAAACUCUCACUGCCCUGGCUCUUGAACAAGGAGCUGGGCUGCAUCAACUCGCCGCUGCAGAUCGACGACAAUUUCUGCGGCCAGGAUUUUAACCAGCCGCUGGGCGGAACUGUCACCAUCGAGGGGACCCCGCUCUUUGUGGAUAAGGAGGACGGGAUGACCUCGGUGGCUGCCUAUGACUACAGAGGACAAACUGUCGUCUUUGCAGGCACACGGAGCGGGAAGAUCAAAAAGAUCCUCGUGGAUUUGCCAGCUGAGAGGAAGCACCAAGCUCUGCAGUAUGAGAAUGUUGUGGCCCACGAAGGCAGCUCCAUCCUGCGAGACCUGGUGCUGAGCCCUGACCGUCAGCACAUCUAUGCCAUGACUGAGAAACAGGUGACGCGUGUGCCGGUGGAGAGCUGUGAGCAGUACGAGAGCUGCGAGCUGUGCCUGGGCUCCCGGGACCCCCACUGCGGCUGGUGUGUCCUCCACAACAUCUGCUCCCGCAAGGACCGGUGCGAGCGGGCGGACGAGCCGCAGCGCUUCGCCUCCGAGCUGCAGCAGUGCGUGCAGCUCACCGUGCAGCCCAGCAACAUCUCCGUCACCAUGUCCGAGGUCCCGCUGGUCCUGCAGGCCUGGAAUGUCCCAGACCUCUCAGCAGGAGUCAACUGCUCCUUUGAAGACUUCACUGAGUCAGAGAGCCGCAUUGAGGAUGGGAAGAUCUACUGCAGCUCUCCCUCUGCCAAGGAUGUCAUCCCCAUCACCAGGGGCCGCGGGGACAAGCGAGUGGUGAAGCUCUACCUGAAAUCCAAGGAGACAGGGAAGAAAUUUGCCUCCGUGGAUUUUGUUUUCUACAACUGCAGUGUCCAUCAGUCCUGCCUGUCCUGUGUGAACGGCUCCUUCCCCUGCCACUGGUGCAAGUACCGCCACAUCUGCACCCACAACGCUGCUGACUGCUCUUUCCUGGAGGGACGUGUCAAGCUCUCUGAGGACUGCCCCCAGAUCCUGCCUUCCACGCAGAUCUACAUCCCGGUGGGCGUGGUGAAGCCCAUCACGCUGACGGCCAAGACCCUGCCGCAGCCGCAGUCGGGGCAGCGCAACUACGAGUGCAUCUUCCACAUCCCCGGCAGCAGCACGCGCGUCACGGCGCUGCGCUUCAACAGCACCAGCAUCCAGUGCCAGAACACCUCGUAUUUCUACGAAGGAAAUGACAUCAGUGACCUGCCCGUCAACUUGUCUGUGGUCUGGAACGGGAACUUUGUCAUUGACAACCCCCAGAACAUCCAGGCCCACCUGUACAAGUGCUCGGCGCUGCGGGAGAGCUGCGGGCUGUGCCUCAAGGCCGACCCGCGCUUCGAGUGCGGCUGGUGCGUGUCGGAGCGGCGCUGCUCCCUGCGCCAGCACUGCCUGGCCUACGACAGCAGCUGGAUGCACGCCAGCAGCGGCAGCAGCCGCUGCACCGACCCCAAGAUCACCAAGUUGUUCCCUGAGACUGGCCCCAGGCAAGGAGGGACCCGUCUGACCAUCACUGGUGAGAACCUGGGCCUGAAGUUUGAAGAUGUUCGCUGGGGUGUCCGAGUGGGCAAAGUGGUGUGCAUCCCCAUCGAGAGCGAGUACAUCAGUGCUGAGCAGAUUGUGUGUGAAAUCGGAGAUGCCAGCCUGAGCAAGGUGCAUGAGGCACGGGUAGAAGUGUGCAUCCGUGACUGCACGCCCAGCUACCGGGCCAUAUCCCCCAAGACCUUCACCUUUGUGACGCCCACUUUCUCCCGUGUUGUCCCAUCCCGGGGUCCUCUCUCUGGUGGCACCUGGAUCGCCAUCGAAGGCACCCACCUCAACGCUGGCAGCAACGUGUCCGUGACCAUUGGGGGACGGCCCUGCGCUUUUUCAUGGAGAAGCGCCCGUGAGAUUCGGUGCAGGACCCCCCCAGGGCACACCCCCGGCGGUGCCCCCAUUCUCAUCAACAUCAACCGGGCAGAGCUGAGCAACCCAGAGGUGAAGUACAACUACACAGAGGACCCCACCAUCCAGAAGAUUGAUCCUGAAUGGAGCAUCAACAGCGGUGGGACACUGCUGACUGUGACUGGCACCAACCUGGCCACCAUCAAAGAGCCCAGGAUCCGGGCCAAGUACUGCAGCUCUGAAAGGGAGAAUAACUGCACUGUCUACAAUGACACCACCAUGGUGUGCUACGCUCCCUCCAUUGACAACCCUGUGCGGAGCCCUCCGGAGCUUGGCGACCGCCCAGACGAGAUUGGCUUUGUCAUGGAUAACGUGCAGGCCCUGCUGAUCAUCAACACCACCAAUUUUGUCUACUACCCAGACCCUGUCUUUGAGCCACUCAGCCCCACAGGGAUGCUGGAGCUGAAGCCCAGCUCUCCCCUCAUCCUCAAGGGCAGGAACCUGCUCCCACCAGCUGCUGGCAACUCCCGCCUCAACUACACGGUGCUGAUCGGAGACACUCCCUGCACCCUCACGGUCUCUGAGACACAGCUGCUCUGUGAGUCCCCCAACCUCACUGGCCAACACAAAGUCACAAUCAAGGCUGGAGGGUUCGAGUUCUCUCCGGGGACGCUGCAGAUCUACUCAGACAGCCUGCUCACCCUGCCCGCCAUCAUCGGCAUCGGCGGCGGCGGCGGCCUGCUCCUCCUCAUCAUCAUCAUCGUCCUCAUCGCCUACAAGCGCAAGUCCCGCGACGCUGACCGCACCCUGAAACGCCUGCAGCUGCAGAUGGACAACCUGGAGUCCCGGGUGGCCCUGGAGUGCAAAGAGGCCUUUGCUGAGCUGCAGACAGACAUCAACGAGCUGACCAACGACCUGGAUGGGGCUGGCAUCCCCUUUCUGGAUUACCGCACCUACGCCAUGCGGGUUCUCUUCCCGGGGAUAGAAGACCACCCUGUGCUGAAAGAGAUGGAGGUCCAGGCUAAUGUGGAGAAGUCCUUGACCCUCUUUGGCCAGCUCCUGAACAAGAAGCACUUCUUGCUGACCUUCAUCCGUACGCUGGAGGCCCAGCGGAGCUUCUCCAUGCGGGACCGCGGCAACGUGGCCUCGCUCAUCAUGACAGCGCUGCAGGGAGAGAUGGAGUAUGCCACAGGGGUGCUGAAACAGCUCCUCUCCGACCUUAUUGAGAAGAACUUGGAGAGCAAGAACCACCCCAAGCUGCUUCUGCGGAGAACGGAGUCGGUGGCAGAGAAGAUGCUGACAAAUUGGUUCACGUUUCUGCUGUACAAGUUUCUGAAGGAGUGUGCUGGGGAACCACUCUUCAUGCUCUACUGUGCCAUCAAGCAGCAGAUGGAGAAGGGACCCAUUGAUGCCAUCACAGGAGAGGCUCGCUACUCCCUCAGUGAGGACAAGCUCAUCCGGCAGCAGAUCGACUACAAAAUGCUGACCCUCAACUGUGUGAACCCCGAGAAUGAGAAUGCCCCAGAGAUCCCUGUCAAGGUGCUGAACUGCGACACCAUCACGCAGGUGAAGGAGAAGCUGCUGGAUGCUGUCUACAAGGGUGUGCCCUAUUCCCAGCGACCCAAAGCUGGAGACAUGGACCUGGAGUGGCGGCAGGGCAGGAUGGCCCGCAUCAUACUGCAGGAUGAGGAUGUCACCACAAAGAUUGACAAUGACUGGAAGAGGCUGAACACCCUGGCCCACUACCAGGUGACAGAUGGCUCUUCAGUAGCCCUGGUGCCCAAGCAGAACUCAGCAUACAACAUCUCCAACUCCUCCACCUUCACCAAGUCCCUCAGCAGAUAUGAGAGCAUGCUGAGGACAGCCAGCAGCCCCGACAGCCUGCGCUCACGGACCCCCAUGAUCACCCCUGACCUGGAGAGCGGCACGAAGCUCUGGCACCUGGUGAAGAACCACGACCACAUGGACCAGCGGGAGGGCGACCGGGGCAGCAAGAUGGUCUCUGAGAUCUACCUGACCCGCCUGCUGGCCACCAAGGGCACCCUGCAGAAAUUUGUGGAUGACCUGUUUGAGACCAUCUUUAGCACAGCUCACCGUGGGAGUGCACUGCCCCUCGCCAUCAAAUACAUGUUUGAUUUCCUGGAUGAACAAGCUGAUAAGCAUCAGAUCAAUGAUUAUGAUGUCAGGCACACCUGGAAGAGUAACUGUCUACCUCUGCGUUUUUGGGUGAAUGUGAUUAAGAACCCCCAGUUUGUGUUCGACAUUCACAAGAACAGUAUUACUGAUGCCUGCCUAUCUGUGGUGGCUCAGACAUUCAUGGACUCCUGCUCAACUUCUGAGCACAAGCUAGGAAAGGACUCUCCCUCCAACAAACUACUGUACGCCAAGGACAUCCCCAACUACAAGAGCUGGGUAGAAAGAUAUUAUGCAGAUAUAGCUAAAAUGCCAGCGAUCAGUGACCAGGACAUGAGCGCGUACCUGGCAGAGCAGUCGCGGUUACACCUCAGCCAGUUCAACAGCAUGAGCGCCCUGCACGAGAUCUACUCCUACAUCACCAAGUACAAGGAUGAGAUUUUGGCCGCGCUGGAGAAGGACGAGCAGGCACGGCGGCAGCGGCUGCGGAGUAAGCUGGAGCAGGCGAUCGACACAAUGGCCUUAAGCAGCUGAGAAGGCGGCAGCGGCGCCAGCGUCCGGCAGCGGGGACGGACGGACGCGGACGGACCGAGGGAGGGAGGGAUGGAGGGAUGGAGGAGCAGCCAGUGGCCAGCGUGGGCACAAGACUUUGGGGCUGGGAGCGGCCGGGCCCGCGGGAGACACGGACACACGCGGAACCCUCGCGCUUCGCGGAAUCAAACACAAUGGCGACGGCAGCAGCGGCGGCGACAGAGCUCCCUGAGCCACAGCCC